GCGUCACAGCGUUCGCCAUUUUCCAUCCCGAGGAAGAAACGACCUGAAGUGACCGCCUUGUUGAACAUCGCUCUAUUUUUGCCGAAAUGGCAGUGUAAAAGUGCGCCGCGACCCAGCCGCAAACAAAACAGUGCAUCCAACCAGUGCACUGAGUCACUUCUUAUUCAGCAAACAUGUCGUCCUUCGUGGAAACCCUCACCGCUGCUGCAUUCGACAGCAUAAAAGAGUUCGAAACUUUCCUAGCAUCGUCGCGUGCUCCCUUUGUGACCAACAACAGCCACUAUGACCAUGAUGAUGACAAACUCACAGUUUGGCCUGGAAGACAUGGAGGUCCAUCUCUGGGGACCUUCCUCUCCCAUGGCUGACCCCAUGGACCUCCUACCUGUUCGCCCUGAUCGGGAAGAACUACAGGACAGAGGAGGUGCCUCGUUGGAGGGCGACGCUUCACCUGUGUCGCCCCUCACCUCCUCAUCACUGUCUUCUUCCUCCUCACCCCCUCCCUUCUACUCUCCUCCUCCCUCGCCGCCAGCCGUCCUCUUCCAGGGGGACAAAGUUGGGAUGGAGUCUGACCUGCCCUCCCUCCCCUGGUUGGGCCACCCUGGUCAGCUGAGACAAUCCGUCUCAUAUGGCAGCAAAGAGGAUAUGUUCGGUGACCUGGACUGGAUGGCUGAGCGGGUGGAUCUGAGUGAGUUAGACCUGGACUUUCUGAUUGGCUCCUGCAGUCCUACCCACGAGUCCCCCAGCUCUCCAGAAGACCUCCUAGCCUCCCUGGAUGUCCCCAUGGAGCUCGACUCCCUCCCAGUGCCAACUCUCUCAACUCCCGUGCUCUUGAGUCCUCCCUCUGCUUCUCUCCCGAGCGUGCCUCCUCCUCCUCCCUCUGUCCCCACUGUCUGUUUAGAGCCCUCUGUCAUUACAGUGGACGAGCCUGAACCCUACAUUGAUGAACAGGAUGUUCCCACUGCUCCGCUGUGCGUCCCAGAGCCACAAGAAGAGCUGGAAAUCAAGUCCGAGCCCGCUUCUCCAGACCCGUCCUCCCCCUUGGUUGAGUCUCCCUCCUCCCCAGUCUACACCUUGGACCUGGGCAGUGAAGUGGACGUCUCUGAGAGCGAGGUGAAGCCAGCGGUGGCUACUGUCAUCCCCCAGGUCCAGAGGGUCGUACUCUCCCUCUCACCGACCCGUAUUGUUCUCGUGCUGGCUCCGAAAAAGGAAGUCGCAAUCACCACCGCCACCGUAACCACCACACCAGAGGUCGUGCAUUCCUCCUCUCCAACAAAGUCCACCAGAAGCAGACCUUACCCUGAGCCCACAUAUAAAUCAAGUCCACCCUCCACCAGCGGCGGCAGUGUCAGAGUGAAAUCCCUCCGGGGCGGAGGUGGAGAAGAACGAGUGACUCCGAAGGCGCCAAAGGCCAAGAAACUAAAGAAGAUGGAGCAGAAUAAAACGGCCGCCACGCGUUACAGACAGAAGAAGAAAACCGAGCAGGAAGCGCUUCUUCAAGAGCACGCCGUGUUGGAGAGGAAGAACAUGGAGCUGAACGAGAAGGCCGAAUCCAUGGCCAGGGAGAUCGAGUACCUCAAGGAGCUGAUGGAGGAGGUCCAGACGGCCAGGACCAAAAAAGGUCUUAGUGCUACCCCCUAGUGGUUGGACCUAACAAUGACGGAUGCGUGUACUAAAAAGUUGAAAUUAAAAUGGGCUCGGCUUGUUUUUAUUUAAUGCAAAUGAGUAUCAAAAGUAUCAAGCAUGUCUGAUGUCAUUAUAGACGCACAGUAACACUGACGUUUGUGUGCUUUUUAAAAUUUAAACACUGGUAUUAAAUAUAAUAGUACACUUAUGUUUAGAGUAGGUCAAGUAUUUUCCAUUCAGUAUACAUACAUGUGUGCUGUGUUCUCGUAAUGUUUGUAUAUCACAUGAUCUCUGCAAGAGAGGAUGUGUUUUUAAUGUGUGCGUAUCGUAGUAUAACCAAACCGUAUGUAUUAUGAAACUCAAUAAAGAGUCUGAAACUGGA